GCUCGGUCAAUUACUCACUUCAUUCACUACUCUAAAACGUGAACGCGAUUUGUGAAACAUGUCCGUCUUUUGUGUUUUUUUGACGUAAAUAUUGGCGAAAAUUCCUUUUGUGCUUUCAUCUACGUGGUAAUUUUUGGUGCUAAAUCAGUUUUAUAAUGUGUGUGAUUGUGUUGUGAAUUGUUCAUAUGAGGCUGUUAUACAAAAGUGGUCCAAUGGAGUCUCUCAGAAAAUGGUUCUACAAACCAAAGAGGGACGACCGUUCACUUCUGGCGCAGUUUUUCUUUGCCGAUGAUGCGCUUAAUAUGAUAGCAGCGGAGUUGGACUCCUUCGAUGGUCGAAAAGACCCCGAAAGGUGUUCCACCCUCGUUAACCAGCUAAGGCACGCACAGGAUAGAGUGCUCAACAUCACGAGUCAGAUAAUGGACCAGGUGCUCGGGGACGAGCGGGUGGCGAGAGGCUUUCGCGUCAAGUUCCCUGAAGAUGUGCUACAAGAUAAUUUGGCAGGCCAACUUUGGUUUGGUGCAGAGUGUCUAGCAGCCGGUUCGUCAAUAAUGUCGCGCGAAGAAGAAUCGGCAGCGAUGAGACCUCUGGCCAAAGCGUUGACGCGUAGCUUGGAGACUGUGAGAUCUCUACUGAGGGAACAAUGUCUCAGACCGAGGGGAUUAGCGCUACAGGAUCAUGACGAUAUGCUUCAUGAGAGCUUGAGGAUAUUUGACAGACUAUUCGCUGAGUUCGAGCUGUGCUACGUCAGUGCGAUGGUGAAUGUUAAGACUCCACACGAGUUCGAAGCUCAGCAAUUAAUAUGUGUAUUGUUCUCUGAAAGUCUUCGUAGAGCUUUGAAAUUGAAUCUUUUGACGCAGGAACAGGUUGAUUCGUACGACCCGGCGCUAAUGUUCGCAGUGCCUCGCCUAGCGAUUGUUAGCGGCCUACUUAUCUACUCUACCGGCCCGUUGAGCAUAGACAAACAAUCGGAGGAAAUGUCCGACAUGUUUCGACCGUUUCGACAUCUAUUGCACAAAAUUAAAUCCCUGCUGUGGACGCUAGAUAGACGGGAACUAAUGGCUUUGGAAAAGUUACUGUGUUCCAACGAGGAUAUAUCCAACUUGGCUAAUUGGGAAUUACCGACUGAUUUACCAGAAGAUUCCUGCUACCCGGACAUGGGCGAGUUUGUGUCUAAAUUUUAUGAAGAUCAUGAACAAUGCAGAAACUUAUACUCGCAACAAAGCUCAAGCGAACCUACAAUAACGGAUGCUGAUUACCUCCCUGGCAACAUCGAAGUAAUGACACCGAUAAUAGACGGUCUCAAACGUCUCACAGGAGACGAUGAGUCUGAGAGAGAAUCUGAAAACGAUAUCGACAGACAAACGGAUAAAGAAUCUGUGGACACAACUAGCACAGACACAUUCCAAACAAACGAAAGCAACAUCGAUAAAACGAGAAAGACCAGUCGAGCGGAAAACGAUCUAUCGUCACUGAGAAAUUUAUCGACAAACGGUCUCAUGAUGUUCGAUCCUUUGGUUAUUAAUGCGGUAUCAGCAUCAACAUCGGGCGAAUCAUCGAAUCGACAAAUACCAGAUCUAGAGCUAAUCACAUCACUAAAUGAGCAAGUCACUGAAAUAGCGGAUAGGUUAUCGUCUAUCGAACAUCAAUCACAUUCUUUCUCAGCUAACGAUGUUCCUAAACUUAUAUCGACAGAUAGUUCGGAAGAUUUUAGCUUUACAGGACCAAGAAACGACCAAAUGAGUUGUAUGCCAUCAACAAGUCACGGCUAUUUAAUACCGAAUGCUAUAAGUCAGGAACCGGUCGUUCUAGCUUCUCUAUCACACAAUAAUUCAGCGGUUUUCAAUCAAGACGAAGAGAAUAAUUUGAAUCGUGUUAUUUUAAGUUCGGACGCACCUUUAAUAAUGCCGAGUAUUGACGCCGAUCUUGUAAAUAUAGAUAUGGCGAUCGCUAGCGUCAGUCUCAGUGUUAUAUUAAUGGAUGAAUACAACACGAAUGGGUUAGGUGAAACUAAUGGCAAUUCUGAAACUGCAGAGAGGACGUUGAAUGAAAAUGAAGAAAGAGUGAAAUUUAUGCUAGGACAUGAAAGCGACCACGAAUCGCCGGCCGAUUCCGGAGUCAGUACAGAAAAUACAAGUCUAGAUAGAUCGCCAGAUACAGAUCAGAAUAAGAACAUUAAGGAAAACCAUUUUAUGCAACAAAACAGGGUCCUAAAAAGUCCAAUCGAAGAAAGUAUAGAAGAUAAAGAGUGUAAUACACUAGAAAGUUCCUUUUCUGAUGUAAGACAAGACGUUGUAAAUAUUAAUUAUGUUGAAAAUGAUACUCAGAAAAACGAAGCGGGCUCCUCUCGUAUAGAAAGUGUAAAUAUUGAUGAUAGGUUAAGCGAUGAAGCGUCGAGUCAAGCGACAAAUGUUAGUGAGUUACAAAAUUGGGGUGCAGGCGACCCCCAAGAAGAGUUUAAAACGAUAGAAGAUGUUAUUACAGAGUUAAGGAGGCAUAGAGAGUAUGAUAAGAAAAUGAAUCCCCUAAUUGAAGACAAUAAACCUAACGAUGUUCCAAAUAGUAGUCAAAGUUCUUCAAGGAGAAAAAGUAAAACUAAGAAGAAGAAAAAAAAGUGGUCGCCCAGACAUGUGAUACUAAAUCAUAGAGUUAGUCAAAACCAGAGCAACCCGUUGAGAUUAAAUUUAGACCAUUUUGUUGAUGAAAGUACGUCAUCGGAAUGCGCGGACGAUGAACAGAUCGCCUUAGCGUUGCAAGCUCAGGAGCUCGCUGCCAGGCAACAAGCGAGACAGAAAUUUAAAUCGAGCGAGGACCUCAUCCAUCGUCUGUUUGUGUGUAUCGCGGGUGUAGCUGAUCAGCUACAGACAAAUUUCGCAGCGGAUCUCCGAAAUAUUCUAAAGGCGGUGUUUUUGCUGAACCAGAGCAUUGAGCCCGAACCAAAAGCAGAGGAGACCAUCGAGUACCAACCGACUGAAGAUCAGGUUAUACAAAAUGGUAGUUCGUUCGAUAGCGUAUAUUCCGCUGAAGAGGUAUACGCGGAUAGUAAUUCGGAGUCGACUUCAUCGGAAUCGAACACCCGAUUAGCCCGUAGGAACACUAUGAAUGCUACUAUCAACGAACAGACGACAAGUGAAGCUAGAAGGAAAUCCGUUGAUAACACUACUAACUUGCAGGCGUCUGUUUCGACAGGAGAUCUCACUUACACGCGCGAGCAGCCCGCGCGGCGCCAGUCGGCGGUGGAGCGCGCGCCGGAGUGGGUGCCCGACAUCGCGGCGCCCGCCUGCAUGCGCUGCGACGCGCACUUCACGGCCUUCCGGCGGCGCCACCACUGCAGGAACUGCGGCAAAGUGUUCUGCGCGUCUUGCAGUAGUAAUUCCAUUCCUCUCCCACGUUUCGGACAGUUGAAGCCGGUACGAGUCUGCGACGAAUGUUUCCAAACAACCGCCCAAGACAGACCGAGGCAGACGACGCACCGGUGAAAAUAUUAAUCAUACGAAAAUGAGCUUUGUUGACACUAAAAUAUUUACACUUUUUGUUCUACUUGACUUACAGCUAUUACUAUUUUGAAAAUUGGCCGAUUCGAGUCUCCAUGGCGAACAACAUCGCCGAAAUAUCGGGAGUUUCGAAAUAACGAUAAGUUUCGUGGAAUAAAAAGUGUUCGUAGUGAUUGUGCAAGUUUAAAAAUUUAUAACUGAAAUAUUUCUCACGAAUUCAUAGUACUUGUAUGUAGCGGGUCUUGUCAUGAAGAAAUAAGAAUUUGGUUACUUUUUAAUUCAGGAUUCUUCAAUGUUAGAUCAGCUAUAUAUGUAAACUGCAAUAACCAGUAAUAAUAAUAAUUUGACCAGUACUGACAAGGAAUUAAAUUAAGACAACAAUUUAGAGGAAAAUCGUGAAUAGUUAAUAUACAGGUUGUUCGACAGGUUGUACGGUAAUGCAAAAGUACGUUAGAGUAGCUCGUAUAUGAAGACAGUAAAAUUUAAAAAAAAACUUAGUAAUUUUUUUUCACGUGCUUAGUGAUCUAUGACACCUACAUAACCCCCCAUCUGAAGGAAUGCAGUUAGGAGUCGAACAGUUCUAUAUAUGGGUCGCGAAUUUGAUUAAAUAUAAUUUUUUGGUAUUUCUUUUUUAUGACAUUCCGUAACGUAAUCAUCAAUUGCUAUAUCUGUGUGACAAAUGAAAGUUAAUAGUGACCAUAUGUUGUAAAAAAUUUAGUAUAGUAUCAAUCAUCAGUUGGGCAUUUGAAA